AUGGUCAAAUAUGACACCUGUAUCCUAGGGCUCCGUUUGGCUAUUGACUUGAAUGUCCAAGAGAUAUUGGUGAUUGGAGAUUCAGACUUAUUGAUCCAUCAGGUACGAGCUUGGGGCAUGGACCUUAUUGGUCCCAUUGAGCCAGCCGCAUCCAAUGGUCACAGGUUCAUCCUUGUUGCAAUUGACUACUCCACCAAGUGGGUAGCAGUCACUUCUCACAAAUCAGUCACAAAGAAGGUCGUAGAUGACUUCGGUCGAAGCAUUAUCAUUUGCCGAUUAGGAAUUCCCGAAUCCAUUAUCACCGAUAAUAGUUCCAACCUCAACAGUGACCUAAUGAAAGCAACAUGUGAGAAGUUCAAGAUCAAGCAUCGGAAUUCCAUAGCAUACAGGCCACAAAUGAACGGAGCAGUUGAGGCUGCAAAUAAGAAUAUCAAGAGGAUCCUGUGCAAGAGGGUUGACAACAGUCGACAAUGGCGUGAAAGGCUACCUUUUGCAUUGCUGGGGCACCGUACCACAAUCAGGACAUCCACAGGUGCUAAGCCUUAUUUUUUGGUUUAUGGCAAUGAAGUAGUGAUACUGGAUGAGAUGGAAAUACCAUCUUUGAGAGUCAUCCAGGAAGCAGAAUUGAGUGAUGCCGAAUAG